AUGUUUUACUAUAACACACAAUUGCAGGAAGUUAAGGGUUUUGAUAAAGUCGUUUAUUUUGGGAAGUCCUCGUUUGGGUACACAAGUCUUCGGAUACUGAAACUUAAUCCUCUUGCAGAGUACUCGACUAAUGUCUUUGAACAUUCUUCGCAACUCUCACAAGUUGAUCUGAACGGAGUCACCUUUUUGCCGUCUUACACUUUUUCUUAUUGUGAAAAGUUGAAAGUUGUUUUUGGCUUGGAAAACGUUCUAAAAAUAGACCAACGCGCUUUUGAACGGUGCGCUCUGGAAACCGCCACUUUGAAUGGAAAUGCUAUUUUUGGAGACUACGUGUUUUUCCUCAACAAAAACUUGAAACGAGUUGAUUUGAAUGGGGUUACCAAAAUUAGUAAUGCAAUGUUCGAAAGUUGUUAUUCCUUGGAAGAAAUUGUUGGACUGCAAAAUGUGAUUGAAUUUGGGUCAAACGCUUUUCGGGACGACAAUUUGAAGAGUGUGACGCUCAACCAAAAUGCUGUUUAUGGGCUUGAUGUAUUCACUUCAAACAAAAAUUUGGAGGAGGUCGACUUUAAUUUCAUUUCUAUAGUUCCCGAUAAUUUACUCAAAAAUUGUGAAAAUGUGAGGGUUUAUAAAAACACAGAAAACAUCACAAAAAUAGGGAGAUACGCAUUCAGUGGUGUUCCACUUGAAGAGAUUUCCAUGAGCCAAAAUGUCGAGUAUGGAGACGGUGCUUUUGCUUAUUGUAAAAACCUCAAAAAAGUUGUAUUGAAUGGAGUGAAAAGUCUCCCAAAUAACAUUUUCAGAGAUUGCAAAAAUUUGGCUGAGAUCUCGGGCAUUGAAGAAGUGGAACAAUUUGGAGAUUACUCUAUUUCUGGUCUCCCUUUUAAAAACUACACCAUGAAUAGCUCUGUUGUGUAUGGGCAAAGUUUGUUUGCAAAUUGUGAAAAGUUAUUAACUGUUGAUUUAAAUGGAAUAAAUGUUAUACCAUAUGGCUUUUUCUUUAAUGCAGUGAAUUUGUAUGAGAUUAAUGGACUUGAAAAUGUUAUUCAAUUUGGUGAUCUUUCUCUUAAAAACACUGCCAUAACCUUUUUUGAAUAUUAUGAUAAUGUAACGUAUGGAUUUGGUGUUGUUUCGGAAUGCAGAUUUUUAGAAGAAGUUAUUUUGGGACCGUAUCUCAAACUCGAUAUUUACGAAUUUGCAGACUGUGUUUCCCUUAAAAAAAUAGUUGGAUUAGAAAACGUGACUUUAUUUAAAACGCAUGCACUUUCAAACACUGGAUUGACAGAAAUCACCUUAAAUCCAAACGCAAAGUAUUUUGGAGGAGAGACCUUUAUGGACUCCCCACAACUGAAAAAAGUGAAUUUAAAUAACAAAUUAAUUAUAGAAAAGCAGUUGUUCAAAAAUUGCGAAAAUCUGGUGGAAGUUGUUGGGAUGGAAAAGGUGACAAAUUUCAAAGAAGAGGCCUUUUCUAACACUAGUCUUCAGCGAAUAAUUUUGAAAGAAAAUGUUGUUUUGGAAAAGGGGGCGUUUUCAAACAACAAAAAUCUCGAAUUUGUCGAUCUGAACAAAAUCGAGAACAUUCCAGAAUCUUCCUUUGCCUUAUGCGAAAAUUUGAAAUAUUUGGAAAACUUUGAUAAAGUCGUGGCAAUUGGCAAAAGUGCCUUUUCGGGAUGUAAAAGUCUCAGUAAAGUCCAAUUUCCAGAAACGUUGACAAGUAUAAGUUCAUAUGCGUUUAAUGCAACCGGAUUGACCUCAUUGGCAAUGUCGCCAAAUGUUACAUACGGUGAAGGUGUUUUUUCAUCUUGUCUUGGCUUGAGAAAAAUUGCACUGAAUGGUAAAAAGUAUGUACCCCCAUACACCUUUUCAAACUGUGAACAAUUGUCCUUGGUAACUGGAAGCGAAAAUCUGCGAUUAAUCGGGCAGUAUGCGUUCUCCGGUUGUUUGUCACUCAAAUCAUUUUAUUUUAACACCAAUUUGGUACACAUCUUUGAGGGAGCAUUUUCUAAUUCCGGCUUCGAAAGUUUGGCCGUUACUUCGAACUUGUUAUUAGAAAAAAGUUCAUUUGCGAAUUGCAUGAAACUCAAAAAAGUUGAUUUAGAAAGUUCCACGGAAAUUUCCGAAAAGUUGUUCUUUAAUUGCAUCGACCUGGAGAUUGUCAAGAAUUCUAUAAAUAUCGUUUCGGUGCACACUGGCGCGUUUUAUAACUGUGAAAGUCUCAAAAAGAUCCAUUUUAAGACUAUAGAAUUUUGUGACAAAUAUGCCUUUUCGAAGCAUUUGGAAGCUAUUUUUGUUCACAAAGUGAGUGAUAUUGUUUAUGGCGAUUUUGCUAUUGUAAACACAACAAAAGUGUUUGUGGCUGACAAUUACACGGAAGAGACUUUUGCCGGAAUUCCGGUUUACAAAAUUGGAUGCACAGAAAAUCAGUUUAUAGAUAUUGGUAAUGAAAAUUGUGUUGAUUGUACUCAGGAUUUCACCUCAUAUGAUGGCGUUAAUGAUAAAUGUUAUACAACACAAUGCGACAACGGGAUGUAUCUUGAACAGGGAGAGUGUGUUUAUUGCAAACAGCAAUAUGAGAUCCCAUGCAUUAAUGAAGAGUGUGUGGUGUGUACACAAAUGUCUGAUUAUGUUGAAAAAUUAAUGAUUAUAUCAUUAUUAAUGAUCAUUGUUAUUGGAUUAUGA